GACAUCAAUUUGGCAGAAAGUGUUGAAAAUGUUUAAAAUUCGUUGAGACGACUUACUGUGCAUGCUGGACGACGGCUUGGCUGAGAAGAGAAGCUGAGAAGCUGGGAGACAAUUAACUUGAGUUGAUGUGAGUGACUGCUUGAGACUAGUUUACUUGAAGCAAUCAAAUAAACUGGCCAACAUAACGAUUUUUAACGUGGUGCGUGGUAGAUGAACGCGGAAUCUGAAACAAGCUAUACGUUCAAUUUUCAAAAAACGGUCGAUUUAGAACUACACAACGAUAUCGCAACAAAUAUUUACAGUUACAAUAAAGUGAUAACAGUUUUUAAAUAAAUUGUGAUGAAUGAUAGCGAAAUGGGCUUUAAACACAACAUUUUACAUCGUUUGCCUAAUUUCGAAGUCUGUCCUGCGAAAAUGAAAACGAAAUCAAACGAAAUUCCAUCAUUGCCAACAUCACCCCGUGUAACAGAUUUCAGCAUAAAUAGAAUAUUAAGUGCCAGUUCUCAAAAUGAAAAAGUGUCCACAUCAUCUUCAAAGAAACAUCAGCCUUUAGCUAAGUUUCAAAGUGAUUCGAAUCUUAAUACGUUCAAUGUGAACUCUAACACAAGAACUCGUGAAUACACUGAAGGUGUAAGUUUGCAGGCGGCAUUUGAACGUUCGUCUGCUUUAGAUCUAUCAAAGUCUUCUAGUGAUUUACCCACACAAAGUUUUCCUAGCAUACAAUAUCAUCAGAAUAUGCAGUGCUACGAUAGCUUCGUUUAUCCCAAUUUUUUAGUUGCGACUAAGUUUUAUACACAAUUCCUCCCGCAUUUACUACCCAACUACUCAUCACAAAUUUCGCGGUCUUAUAACUUGCCUACAAGUUUCGGUGCCUACCAGAAGCGUUAUUUUGAACCAUAUAUUUUAAACUCAAAUGAAUUAACUACAACACAUUCUUUACCUCAUUCACCGACGAUAGGCACGAAUGCAGCGUUACACCAAAGAAUUUGCCUUAAGGCAAGGUGCAGUGGUUGCGCGAAAUGCUAUUCUUUUUUGGAUGGAUCAAAUAUAAACUCAACGGCAUCCACUAUGGCAUCUCCAACAAUGCACUCCUCGAGCACAACAAGCUUUAAUACUCUAAAUAACUGUAAUAAAAAGAAACUACCAACAGAUAUGCUAUUCAAGAACUCAACGAUAUCAUUUACCACCGUCACUAACCUUAACUUACUGACGGCAUCAUCGAAGAACUUUGCUGAUCGCUGCAAUACAGCAUCCGCUUCAGUGACGUCAAACCUCGAGGAAUUAAGUUUCAAAUGUCGUAUCUGCGAGAAAGUAUUUGGAUGCUCUGAAACUCUUGAGGCACACGAAAAAACGCAUAAGUCACCGCGGUACGAAUGCACGGAUUGUGGUAAAGGAUUUUCGCAGCUUCGUAAUUACAAAUACCAUUUAUCUGUACACAGAGGUACGAAGGAGUUUGCUGCCGAGUGUUCCGAGUGCGGGAAGACCUUUAACGAUAAGGGCUACUUAAGCAGUCAUAUGAAAAUACAUCGCAACAAAAAGGAAUACGAGUGUAUGUACUGCCCAAAAUCAUUUAACCAACGUGUGGCGUUUAAUAUGCAUGUCCGCAUUCACACGGGGGUGAAACCGCAUAAGUGCAGCGAUUGUGGAAAAAGGUUCUCGAGAAAAAUGUUACUUAAACAGCAUAUGCGAACCCACAGCGGCGAGAAACCAUACAAAUGUUCUGUUUGCGGGAAGUCCUUUGCGGAUCGUAGCAAUAUGACUCUUCAUCACCGACUACAUUCAGGUAUAAAGCCUUUCAAUUGCCCUAUUUGUCCAAAAGCUUUUACCAAAAAACAUCAUCUUAAAACGCAUUUAAAUUAUCACACUGGCUGUAAACCGUAUGUCUGCCCGCAUCCGAAUUGCAAACAAGCCUUUACGCAGUCCAGUAAUAUGCGCACGCAUGCAAAGAAAUGUCAGUUCCGACCUUUACAAUUGCAAUAUCCGGUUUCAGCUAAUGCAAGUGCAACACCAUCAAUGACAGGUGAUGCCGCGAGGAGCGCAAUUAAAUCAAACAUAGCCAUUCCUUCAACGCAAGCCGUAGCAAACGUUGAUUUACACAUUGGCAUACCAUCAACAGUGGUUCACAGAAUUCCGUUACUAUCUGCCGCUUCAUCGUCGUCACUCAUCUCCACUAUAAUGAACAAUACCAUACAUUCUUCUCUACUUCCGCCAUCGCAACAAACACUAGAGUCAAAUAAAUUCUGAUCGUUUUUCUACUUUCAUGCAUUUUAUUCGCAAUUGUCUCUAUUCUAACUAAAUUAUAUUAAUUAUUUGUGAUAAGUCAAAGAACAUCAAUAAUAUGUAAGAAUUCUCCAUUGAUUA